AUGGGGAGUGUGCGAAGCCACCGUUACAGCAUUGUGUCCUCUGAGGAAGACGGCAUGAAGCUGGCCGCUAUUGCCGUCCCAAAUGGCUAUGGAAAUGGCAACGUCAACAAGGUGCACACAGAGCACCAACAUCAGAGCCGCUUCGUCAGGAAGGAUGGCCACUGCAAUGUGCAGUUUAUCAAUAUGAGUGAGAAAGGCCAGCGGUACCUGGCAGAUAUCUUCACCACCUGCGUGGACAUCCGCUGGCGCUGGAUGCUGCUUAUAUUCUGCCUUUCUUUCCUGCUCUCAUGGUUGUUUUUUGGCUUUGUCUUUUGGGUAGUGGCACUGUCGUACGGGGACUUAGAGAAUGAGACUCAAAUGUGUGUUUCCAAUGUGGACAGCUUUACCGCUGCCUUCUUAUUCUCAGUGGAGACCCAAACCACAAUUGGCUAUGGUUAUCGCUAUGUGACAGAGGAAUGCCCAGUUGCCGUCUUCAUGGUCGUCUUCCAAAGCAUCGUGGGCUGCAUCAUCGAUGCUUUCAUCAUUGGUGCUGUCAUGGCCAAGAUGGCCAAACCCAAAAAGAGGAAUGAGACCCUGGUGUUCAGCCAUUAUGCCACAGUGGCCAUGAGGGACGGUAAACUCUGCCUGAUGUGGCGCGUGGGGAACCUGAGGAAGAGUCAUCUGGUGGAGGCCCACGUCAGGGCCCAGUUACUCAAGUCCCGCACCACCGCUGAGGGAGAGUUCAUCCCUCUCGAUCAGGUAGACAUUGAUGUAGGCUUUGAUAGUGGCAUUGACAGAAUCUUCCUGGUGUCUCCAAUCACCAUCGUGCAUGAAAUUGACGAGGACAGCCCGUUCUACGAGAUGAGCAAACAGGAGUUGGAGACGUCAGAGUUUGAGAUUGUAGUGAUUCUGGAGGGCAUGGUGGAGGCCACGGCCAUGACCACUCAGUGCCGGAGCUCCUAUGUGGCCAGUGAAAUCCUUUGGGGCUACCGCUUUGAGCCUGUGCUUUUUGAAGAAAAGAACUACUACAAAGUGGACUACUCUCGCUUUGACAACACGUAUGAGGUACCCAGCACGCCCCACUGUAGUGCCAGGGAACUAGCGGAGAAAAAAUCUGACACCUCCAGCUCGAGGAACUCCUUUUGCUACGAGAACGAGGUUGCGCUAGAAAAAGUCGAGAUGGAGGAGGAGUUCGAUGAGGAGGAAAACAGGGAGAUGAGGGGUGCUGAGGUCUGUGCACUCGAGGACACAAACGCAGAUGUGGUGUCAGACUCUGAGUGCAACCUGGACUCUUUGCCUCUAGAAUCAAGGCCUUUAACAGCAGAAUCAGAAAUAUGA